ACGGUGAGCCAAACCAAGCGUACAAGAUAAUCCACUUGCCUCUGAACGUGACGUAUUUCCGUGAGAAAGGAGGUUUGUGGCAGUUUGUUGUCAUCUCCAUCCAAUGGUGAACCGCUACAUUGUAUUGGCACGGAGUGCUAUUUCACCCGCAAUUUUGUUUGAUAUUAUUGAUUCUCGCUUAACACAUCCAGCAAAAACAACUUAUUCGGUUGCAGGAAAUCUUCAAAAAAUGGAAAGCGACGGUUGAAGUUUAUUGUUGAAAUAUAUAAUCAUGGUGUUGUUAAGUUAUUUGCGAAUGACAAGCAAGAAGGGAGAGUUUAAUUGAUGACUUCUUGGAGGAAAAUGGGUGCUUGCGGGUAGCAAAAAUAAAAAAUAAAAAAUCCUGAAGCAAGUGAAGGGAAUGAAUGUAAAGUUGGGUAGUUAACGCACAAAAGAAAGGAAGAGAGGGGAGUCUCCGCUUGGAGCGAGGAGGAAAAGAGGAAAAGGAAGAUGAGGGGAGCAUGACGGCUCUGUCCUCAUGGCUGUUAUCUGACUUUCUGAGGCCACUGCUCUACUUUGCUGCAGUAAGGUAGAGCAGCCCAACUCUGCCUGGGAAGCAGCUUCAGACCAACACACAGUCCACCCUGUGAGGAGUUCUCCUUUUAAUGGAUGCCCGGGUGGCUCUGCCAAUUGUGUGGACAGGUCUUGUCCUUCUGACAGCCGAGUUGAAGUGGAUUGAUGCUGCCGAGAUUUUCACCAACACAUGGGCUGUCCAGAUCAAUGGGGGCCCAGGGGAGGCUGACCGCAUCGCCAGAGAGCAUGGUUUCAUCAACCAAGGCAACGUUUUUGGAGAUUAUUAUCACUUCAGGCACCAUGCCGUGGAGAAGAGGGCAUUGUCAGGCCACACGGGAAUGCACAUCAGACUGCGAAAAGAACCACAGGUCCUGUGGGCGGAACAGCAAGUGGUGAAAAGAAGAAAGAAGAGGGAUAUCUUUGAAGACCCCACAGACCCAGAUUUUUCCAAGCAGUGGUACCUGUCCAAUCCAACACAUCAAGACUUGAAUACAAAGGCAGCCUGGGCUCAAGGCUACACUGGGAGAGGUGUAGUGGUGACCAUUUUGGAUGAUGGGAUUGAAAAGGACCAUCCUGACCUCCACAGCAAUUAUGACCCUGAGGCAAGCUACGAUGUUAAUGAUGGAGAUGCUGACCCUCAGCCGAGAUACACACAGCGAAAUGAGAACAGACAUGGAACUCGUUGUGCAGGCGAAGUUGCAGCUAUAGCCAAUAACGGAAUAUGUGGCACAGGUGUGGCCUUUAACGCAAAAAUUGGAGGAGUUCGUAUGUUGGAUGGGGAAGUGACAGAUGUGGUGGAGGCUCAUUCCCUAAGCCUUAACCCUCAGCACAUCCACAUCUACAGUGCCAGCUGGGGCCCGGAGGAUGAUGGCAAGUCACUGGACGGCCCUGCCAAACUGGCAAUGGAGGCUUUCCUUCAAGGCAUAACCAAGGCCUCAGGGACACUCAGCAACAACUGGUCUCCGGUAACAAUCAGCAAUAUUUCGAGCAUGAACCUGACCUGGAGGGACAUGCAGCACCUGGUGGUGAGGACGUCGUUACCCGGGCACCUUAUCGCCGGAGACUGGAAGACCAAUGGAGUGGGACGCAUCGUGAGUCAUUCGUAUGGUUAUGGCUUACUAGAUGCAGGCGCCAUGGUGAGUUUGGCACAGAACUGGACGACAGUGGGACCACAGCACCAAUGUGUUCUGACGAUGCUUACAGAACCAAGAGACAUCGGGAACAAGCUGGUGUUCAGCAAGAGCGUUGAUGCCUGCUGGGGGCGACCGGAGUAUGUCCGAUCUCUGGAGCACGCUCAGGCUCGCCUCACUCUUUCCCAUAACCAGCGAGGAAAAUUGGCCAUUCAUCUCAUCAGCCCACUGGGAACACGUUCCACCCUGCUGUUCCCAAGGCCCAAUGACUAUUCUUCGGAGGGGUUCAGCGACUGGGCCUUUAUGACCACCCACUCGUGGGACGAGGACCCACAGGGAGAGUGGACCCUAGAGAUAGAAAACGUUGCAUCUAAUGGACGUGACUAUGGUGUAUUGAGUCAGUUCACCCUCACCCUGUGGGGCACCGGACCCAGCGUUGUUAACCCCUCGUCGCCCGACUUCCCUCGACCUUCCAACAACAGCUGCAAGACCUUCGAUGCCCAGCAGAUCUGUAUUGAGUGCAGCCGGGGCUUCUCCCUCUUCCUCCAGGGCUGUGUGAAGUUUUGCCCCCCAGGCUUCACGUCAGGCCCACAACUGCUCAACCUCUCCCUGGAGAACUGGGUGGACUUGUCCUCUGUUCAGGCCUGCCUGUCUUGCCACCCAUCCUGCCUCACCUGCUCAGGCGCUGGGCCUACAGACUGCCUUUCCUGUCCAACUCACAGCCACCUAGUCUUCACCUCCUGCCUGCACCAGAAUCAGGUCCAGAGGAAAUCCCCCUUUACCGGAGGACUGCAGGGUGAAGAAGAUGAGCCGGAGGUGAAGACACCAGCAGCGGCGGCGGUGGCGGCGGGAGCAGACAUGAACGGCGGAUCAGCUGAAGAACCGCCAGGACUCAGUUUUGCUCCGCCCUCUCAGCUUCCUGUUGCCGUGGCGGUUCUCAGCUGUGCCUUGAUCCUGGCUGCCUUCGUCGGGGUCUUCUUCUUGCUGCAGGUGCGCUCAGGAGACGCCGCUUUGACCUGGAGGACCAAACUGCCCUCUGUGUUUUCAGACACCAGGAGGACACGGCUGGGCCUUGGCUUGGGCUUCCAGCGGGGGCGGGAGAGGAAGGCUCGGAUAUGCUACAAGGGGAUCCCCACUGUGUGGGCGGACGAGGACACCGUCGCCUGUGAGUCUGAAUCAGACAGGGAGGAAGUGGACAGUCAGAGCGAGAGGACAGCUUUUAUCAAGACGCAGAGCUUGAUGUAGCUGGAUCAGCUUCAGUCGCCGCGGUUUCUCACACUGUGGUACGGAGGGUGUGAGAUCUGACUGUGCAGAGGUGAUACAAUGAAGGAGAAAUACAGGCCUUACUGUCCCAUCAGCACUACAUCCUAAUGCAUUACCUAUUUAUUUACCUUUUAAUAAUUUAACUGAUUUCAAUAAUCACUUAUGUUAUCUGUUAUAUGCAUUAUGUCCUUAAUUUUGUCACCAAUACAGUGUGUUGCAAAAGUUUAAAAAAAAAUGUCCAUGUUGUCUGGUAAAAGCACCAACUUCAGUGUAUUUCACUGGGAUGUUUAUGUGAUAGACCACAAGGCGGCAUAUAUGUGUGACGUGAAGUUAAGAGGGUACAUGUUUAUAUUUUGCAAAUAAAAUACCUGAAAGGUCUGAAGUACACCUGUAGUACUCACCUCCCACACUACUUAGUGAAACCAAAUUCUGCUGAAAUUACAGCUCAGUUUUAUGGGGUGUGUCAUCUUUCAAAGAUCAACCUUUAUGUGGCUCCAUUUUGUCUUCACAUCAACAUGAUCAGCUUUCCUGUCCCUUUAUGAUGCAAAAGAUCCCUGCAAGCAUGAUAAUACCACCAUUUUUUAUUUAUUUGUUUUAAUCAAAGUAUUUUUCUUGUAGCUCAGAAACUUGCAUUGUUGGCUCAUCUGACCUUUGUGGUUUCACAAAGUAGUUUGGGAGUACAUGUGUUUUGUCUUCCCUCUACACAGCAUUUUGCAACCUUUAAAUUGGACUUUUAAUGGCUUUCCCUCUACAACAUCUUUCUCAUCAGAUUUCCUCUGUUAGGGCCAGAUUUUCUAAGGGCAUAAUUAACAAUUAUCCUGUCAGCAGAUUUACUAAUAAUGUAACUUUUAAAGCCAAUGGUUUGCACUACAAACGGUGGCUUAAAUACUAAUGGACACCACACUGCGUGCUUAAAUUUUUAUUGGUAAGAAAACAAAUUAAAGCCAUUUACAAUUUAUCCCCCAUUUCAUAGUUGUCCACAGUUCUCUGUUGGUCUAUUAUAUAAAAUCCCAUUAAAAAUAUAUCAAUGUAUGAGACAAAAGAGGGAGACGUUUAAGAGGUAUGAAUACUUUUGCAAUGCAUUGUACUAGGUGUUAUGCAAAUGUUGUAACCAUUCUAACCACUUCAUCCAUGGGGGACCCACUUUUGGGGGCAAUAGCAAGAGACUCCAGGGGUAACAUUUAGUGCAGUUUGGUAUGAAGAAAGCAGCAAGGAGGCAAAAUGUCAACUAUAACCCUGCAUACUUUAUGUCCUACACUUCCCAUAAUGCAAAGCUGUAUUUCAUGUCAUAUAAGCUCUCUCCAUGCUAAACGUCUUGCUACGUAUAAGCACAUAUUUCUGGGUUGUAAUAUCCUGCACACCAUCCUUACAUAACUACUCUAGAGCCACAUGUAGUAACAGCAGGCUGGGAUCUGUGAAGAAUUAUCAUAACUUACUGAUAAGACAUAUAUAUAUAUAUAUAUAUAUAUAUAUAUAUAUAUAUACAGAGAGAGAGAGAGAGAGAGAUGAAACCUUUUAAACCACGGAGCUCAUUACUUUAUCAAGCACACAUCUGAUGGAUCACAAAAUCCAAGCCGAGCUUUGAUAAAUUUUCGUUUCGUAUAUAUAUUUAUUUCCUGGCAGAUCGCAGAGCGGGGAAUUAGGAGGUUUGCUUGCUGUUCAUUAAUAGUUUCAAAACUUUAAUUUGAAGAUUUCUUGGACACAGUGGGACGCCGUGAUAAAACAUCCCUCCGGCUGUUAGAGCAGAAAAAUGUGGAGGACGUUCCAUUCUCAGUCGAGCCACAGUAGGAACACAUAUCUGAAACAUCACUCAGAGAAACUUACUGACUCGUAGACAUUCAUUGUUUUUUUUUUUCUUUCUUCUUCUUCUUUUUUUCUUUCUUUAAUGACUUUAUGAAAUCAGUUAGCCUAAAGCUGCGUGGCCGACCUUUCGCCGCUCUGUCCCAAUCGGUUGCUGCUGGUAAGAAAUAUGAUCAUUUUCUUCUCAUUUUCCCCACAGAGCGUGUGGUAUAUUGAUUUUGGGAGGCUGCUCUGCCAGAACAUUUUCAUCAAGGUGAAGUUCCCUCCCUUUCUAUUGUCAGCUCCAUACAUUAAACAGGCAUCCACAUGCUUUAUUUCCCAUUUGUGUAGACUUGGCUCUGCACCGGCUGAAUCAAAGCCUUUGGAUCUAAAGGCUGGAAUAAUUGCAGUAACUGAAAAAGGAAAUAUCUUGUAUUGCUUUUUCUAUGUGUGUUUUAUAGCUCUUUUUUUAUUUAACUAAUAAUGGUUGUUUAAAGUUGUGGAGACGGAGUUUCAUGCUGGAUUAAAAAGAUUUUGGCUGUUGCGUAAA